AUGCGGCAACUCGCCGCGCUGCCUUUUCUUCCGCUGAUUCUUCUCUUUAAUGCAGCCCUAUCAUCAGUAUUGGCACAAGGCCAAGAAGACGACAGCGCCUACCAUUUUUCCCCGGGGACUGGAGGACGAGCAGCAUGGGUUGUCGAUCAGGACAGCCUGCCGUGGAUCGGAUCUUUUGAAUAUUUGAGCAAUGACAAAUCGCCAGCUACCGUGUUGAUGACGGUGGUGGACAGUUCAACGGGUGCCCCACUUGGAGAGUGUUCCGUUAUGAAUGCUGACAAAGACGAAUGGGAACAGCUCAUCUGGACUCUUGCGUCUGACGGGUUGACGUGUAACGUCUCCGAGACCAAUUCUUCCAAAGUUCGAUUCCCGCUCUCCGCCCAUCCCCGGACAUUCUCUGUCCGCAUUCAAUCAGUCCGUGGCCCUCGGUGUAUCCGCGAGAUGACCGUGCAAAACGAGCGCCCCAUCGGCUGCCCGCCCCAUUUGAAGCAGAACGCGUUCACCUCGGCCGGCAUGGCAUGUGGAUGCCCAUAUGUUGCCGAUUCUACCGCAGAAGUCGACGGACGCGACCCAGCCUUCCCGAUUUUGGAUCUGGCGGGGAACCCCUCCCCCUCCCCCCAACCACCAGCGCAGCCAUUCACGAGUGGACCCUGUGCUGGGAUUGAGUGUAUGAACAAUGGGACUUGUGUUGUUGGAGCUGAUGGACAGGCGACUUGCAUGUGCCACAACGGCUUCUCCGGCUCGCGCUGCCAAUUGGACAUUUGCGCCUCGGUCCCUUGUGGAAAUGGUGGAAAAUGUCAGGCGACCGGAUCGACGGCCGUAUGCCAAUGUCCACCGCAUACCACGGGCAUCUUGUGCGAACAGAUAAUCUGCGAGCCAACGUGCGCCCAGGGUGAAUGCACACUUGUUGAGGGAGCCCCGCUUUGCCAGUGCAGCCCGGGCUUCAUCGGGCCAAAUUGUAACGUCAUCGAUGUCUGCAUCGGUGACGCUGCGUGCGCAGUAUUUGGCGAGCAUGCCAAAUGCACCCUCGAUACGGCCUCGUACACUACCGUAUCGCAGAAGGUGGUCAACGCCUCCUAUGAUUGUCACUGCCCGCACCCGCAGACCGGACAAUGGAUGGACUGCCUGGCGCUCGUCUUGUCUUCCACGCCGCUACCAAGCGGAAUCGACAGCUCGAUCGGGUCAAAGGAAGAAGCUACCGUAACCACUUCCGCUUCCACCCCGACAUCCACCGUCCGGGUUCCGAUCGUUCCUCUGAACGCCCAUAAUGUCGUCACCGCCACGGCAACCCCACCACGGAUCAUUAGUGUAUCGACAACGCCCUCGACUACCGUAUCCACCACAUCCGCUUCUACGGCUGCCUCCACCGCAUCCCAGAUGAACUUCCUGCCAUUCAACCCGAACGUCCAACCGAAUCAGGUGCCCGUCCGGCCAAUGGUCCCCUCAACGGUAAUCCCCAGCGGUGAGGAGACAGAGGAGAGUGUCGAGGCAUCAUCUGCCCCAGCUACCGUACCCCAGGGCUUCCGUCCAUUCCCUUCAGCCCCUGUAGUGUUGGGUGGACAGGGAGGGGUGACUCCAUUCCCAACCCCUGCCCCCGUUGAUGUCGAAGAGGAGGGCGAGCGGACCACGGAAAUUGAGGAGGAAGAGAACCUUGGCGCUGGCUUCGAGACAAUGACCGCUGAAAAUGGGCCCGACCCUUCGCAAUUCAACACGCAAACUGGCGAGCCGACGACUGGAAUGAGCACCGAGGGAGAGGAAGAAUCCGAGGAAACGGCUACUCAGCCGGCCGCGACCGAACAACCCUUGUGGCCGAUGCAACCCCACGGCAGCACUUUGCCUCCGACCGAGGUUACGGAAUCCGAGGAGACGUCAGCCGAGACGACCCAAUCCGUGUUGCCGUUCUGGAUGAUGUCCACCACUAGCACACUGCCACCAGCUAUUCAGCACCCCAUCGAGGUAACCACCCGGGGCAACCAUGUGCCGACUCACGAGCACGCGUGGCCCAAGAACACCGAGGCGCCAGCGGAAGAAACGACAAACGGCGGUGACCAACCAGCCGGCAGCGCGAACCAGGCAAGGAGCAGCGCAGCGAGUGUAAUCGUUGCCAUCAUUGCCGUCACAUUGAUCGGCCUGCUGCUCCUCGCCGCCGCCUUCUUCACGAUGCGCUACGUGCGGCAGUCGCGCAAGCUGCACGGCAAGUACAACCCGGCCCGAGAAGAGCACGCCCUAUCCGCCGCCUACUCCCUUCCGAUGACCCACGCCGCAAAGGACGAGCGGCUCAUC